GUUCGAGGCGGGCUGUUGCCGGGGGGAGGGGAGUGGCGGCGGCGGCGGCGGGCGGCUCCCGCCUCAGCCUCGGCAGUGGCGUCGGCGACGGCGGUGUCGAGGCAGCCGCCAGCGCUCGGCUGAGUGUCAGCCGGCAGCGACGGCGCUGGAGCUGGGAGCUGGGGACGCGCGCGCCGGACCUUCCACAGCCGCCGCCCAGAGCCGGAGGCGCCGGGGCCGGGGGAGCGGGGGGACGAGGGGGCCAGCGGGCCGGGGGGAGGGUGGGGGAUGGCGCGGACCCCGCGGCCGGCCUUGCUGUGUCCUGGAGGCGGCAAAACACAACUUUCCUCCGCUUCUCUCCUCGGAGCCGGGCUGCUGCCGCAGCCCCCAACGCCGCCUCCGCUGCUGCUGCUGCUGCUCUUCCCGCUGCUGCUCUUCUCCCGGCUCUGUGGGGCCUUAGCUGGACCAAUUAUCGUGGAGCCACAUGUCACAGCAGUAUGGGGAAAGAAUGUUUCAUUGAAGUGUUUAAUUGAAGUAAAUGAAACCAUAACACAAAUUUCAUGGGAGAAGAUACAUGGCAAAAGUUCACAGACUGUUGCAGUUCAUCAUCCUCAGUAUGGAUUCUCUGUUCAAGGAGAAUAUCAGGGAAGAGUCUUGUUUAAAAACUAUUCUCUUAAUGAUGCAACAAUUACUCUGCAUAACAUAGGAUUCUCUGAUUCUGGAAAAUACAUCUGCAAAGCUGUUACAUUCCCACUUGGAAAUGCCCAGUCCUCUACAACUGUAACUGUAUUAGUUGAACCUACUGUGAGCCUGAUAAAAGGGCCAGAUUCUUUAAUUGAUGGAGGAAAUGAAACAGUAGCAGCCAUUUGUAUCGCAGCCACUGGAAAACCCGUUGCACGUAUUGACUGGGAAGGUGAUCUUGGUGAAAUGGAAUCCACUACAACUUCUUUUCCAAAUGAAACAGCAACAAUUGUCAGCCAGUACAAGCUAUUUCCAACCAGAUUUGCUAGAGGAAGACGAAUUACUUGUGUUGUAAAACAUCCAGCCUUGGAAAAGGACAUCCGAUAUUCUUUCAUAUUAGACAUACAGUAUGCUCCUGAAGUUUCGGUAACAGGUUAUGAUGGAAAUUGGUUUGUAGGAAGAAGAGGUGUUAAUCUCAAAUGUAAUGCUGAUGCAAAUCCACCACCAUUCAAAUCUGUGUGGAGCAGAUUGGAUGGACAGUGGCCUGAUGGUUUAUUAGCUUCAGACAAUACUCUUCAUUUUGUUCAACCAUUGACUUUCAAUUACUCUGGUGUUUAUAUCUGUAAAGUGACCAAUUCCCUUGGUCAAAGAAGUGACCAAAAAGUCAUCUACAUUUCAGAUCCUCCUACUACUACCACCCUUCAGCCUACAAUUCAGUGGCAUCCCUCAACUGCUGACAUCGAGAAUCUAGCAACAGAACCUAAAAAAUUGCCCUUCCCAUUGUCAACUUUGGCAACAAUUAAGGAUGACACAAUUGCCACGAUCAUUGCUAGUGUAGUGGGUGGGAUUCUCUUCAUAGUACUUGUAAGUGUUUUGGCUGGAAUAUUCUGCUAUAGGAGAAGACGGACGUUUCGUGGAGACUACUUUGCCAAGAACUACAUUCCACCAUCAGAUAUGCAAAAAGAAUCACAGAUAGAUGUUCUUCAGCAAGAUGAGCUUGAUUCUUACCCAGACAGUGUAAAAAAAGAAAACAAAAAUCCAGUGAACAAUCUGAUACGUAAAGACUAUUUAGAAGAGCCUGAAAAAACUCAGUGGAACAAUGUAGAAAAUCUCAAUAGGUUUGAAAGACCAAUGGAUUAUUAUGAAGAUCUAAAAAUGGGAAUGAAGUUCGUCAGUGAUGAACAUUAUGACGAAAAUGAAGAUGACUUAGUUUCACAUGUAGAUGGUUCCGUAAUUUCCAGGAGGGAGUGGUAUGUUUAGCAACCACUAAAUGUGACUUAACUAUGUACAAUGUUCAUUCAUACUAGUUGAUCAUUUUCAGAUUGUUCAUACUUUUUCUUGAGGAAGAAUAAGCUUUUUCAAGUUGAUUUUCAAGCUUUUUAUAUUCUAAUCUGACAAAUGAAAAUGUAAAAUCUGAGUUCAGUGUAUCUAAGCUGCUUUACAAUUUUUUUUCAAUGCUGUACUACUGUCUCAAGAUUUAAAUUUUAAUGCAGAGUACUUUAUUGAUCUGAGGCACACAGGUAAGAAGAAAUGUCAACAUUAAAUGUAUGAGUUAUUUGGUACAAAAAUUUAAAAAAAAAAAGGGAACUACCUUGGCAUUGUGUAUUAAAUGUUUACCUAAGACUAUAAUCUCAAGUAUAAUGUUUGUUUAACAUAUACCUCUCAAAAUUUAUUACCACUCAAUGACACUGCAUCAAAAUUGACUAUAAAAGUAAUUCAAGAAAUAUUUAUAUAUAUAUUUUAAUAUACAAAAAGUAUUUAGCCUGAUGGAAUGGCUUUCCUUUUCAAACAUUAUUUUCUGAAUUUCUAUACAAAGGAAAUCUUUACCUCUGCAUUUUAAUGAGCCUUGCCAUAAUUACUGUAGAGUGGCUUUUAAAAGGUAUUUUGUUGCACUAAAACUGUGGUAGUAAACUCAGUGAACAUGAUGUGUGGAAGAGCAUAAUUAGUUGGUCAAUAUUUUUGUCCAAAAUACUUACAAGAGUAAUAAAAUACAUGUCUUUCAAACAUGAUAAUUAGUUUUUUUUUCCCCUUUCUGAGAAACAGUUCUUACUUUGUCAUGUGACCAUGGAUUUUGGUACAUUUGGCAGUAGCCUUAUUUUAAUGCUUUAUCUCCUAAACAUACUAAUAGAAAUGAAAAGAUGCCGCAAGGGCAUUUCAGAAUAUUGAGGUACUAGUUUUAGAAAUGAGACAUUACAGCCAAGAAUCUAUCGAAAGACUUUUCUGGACCAUCUUGUUUUAGUUAUUUAAUGUUAAUGUUGUUUAAACGGGUAAAUGCACAGAAAGAAAAUUUAGAAUAAACUUGGAAACAUUGGGUUUAACUACAAAAAUUUAAAUUAUAGAAUCAGUUGGUAACACUUGCUGAUAGAUAAUGACAUUCAUCUCCUUUUUUCUCCUAAGUGUAUGUUAUGUAUUUUAAGUUUUUUGUUUUUGCAAUUAAAACUGGAAACACGAGGUUUUCUGUUUUUGUUUUUUUACGUAUUACAUAUUCCUUCAGAAUCAUGUAUGUUUUGAGAUAGAAAUGUUACCUAUUCUUCAAAUGUGCUUUUUGUUUGUAAGGUAAUUAAAUUGCUCCUAAAGUGGAGUCUUAUAAAAUUAUAUAAUGACAACUAUUUUGAAGCCUAAAGAAUAAGUUUUUCUAUUGAUAAGUCAUUUGAAAAAGUGACUAUUUUCUCAGUGCAAUGAAGUUGACGUUAGUAGGAGAGUCAUAAAUUAAAUAUAUUAUUUAGUUAAUAAAAAGGCAAAGUAGUAGAUACCUUUUAACACCCCCCACCCCCACCCAGCCCUUUUCCAAUAAUCAUCAAAUCUAAAAAAUUUAGGGGGCAAAACUCUUAACAUGUUCAUAGUAUCUUGCAAAUAGUGAAAGCUUUAUUCUGAAGGAUUAGAAACUAGUUUUCUUCAUUUUAACUAGCACUAUUUUGUGGAAAUUAGAAACCUAUUUUAUUUCUCUUCCCAAAUACUUAGUAUAAGACUAUAGGAUCAGGCUAAGGAUACAGUUAAAUAAAAGUUCACUUAUAUCUUCUUAAAAA